AUGGGAGUGGAUUUAAGGGAACUACAUGUUGUCAUUGAGGAUGAUCCCGGUUUGGCUUUUAUCUCGGAUAGGCAUUUUUCCAUUGGUAAAGCACUUGCUAAAGUUUAUCCACGAGCUAGCCAUGGAAUUUGCAUUCACCAUAUGUUGAACAAUGUUAUAUCAUAUUUCCAUGGUAAAGGUGUAGUUGGCUUGGUUGAAAAGGCUUCUAAAGCUUACAGGGUUGUCAAUUUUCAGAAGAUGAUGAUAGAUGUUUGUGCAAUUAGUCCAGAGGUUGGAAAAUAUCUCUUGGAAGCUGAUGUCAGGAAAUGGGCUUGUUGCUUGUUUGGAGGAUUCAGAUACGACAUUAGGACAACUAACCCGGCUGAAUCAUUAAACUCGGCAUUGAGAUCACCUAGAGAGUUUCCAGUAAUCCCCCUCCUGGAUAGCAUUAGAGAGAUGUUAACAAGGUGGUUUUAUCAGCGUAGAGCAUUGAGCUUGAGGCAUAAACAUGAUGUGCGGGAUCAGGUCUUCCCCUUUCCUAUCCCUGAUUCUGCAAGUGCACAGGUCAGAAGUAGUAAACGGGUAUCGAACACAAGGACCAGAUUGCACACUACAAGUUAUGAGUUUGAGAUCAAGCUAGGGCAAAAGUAUAAGUUGGUUGAGUGCAGAGAAAGUAAAGCAUGCAAGUAA